AUGAACAAUAGAAGCACAAAUAAUGAUUUAAAAGACAAAAUUAAAUAAAGCUUUCCUUACAAUCCUUACGAUAUUUAAUUAGAGUUUAGUUUGAACUUGUAUGAGUCUUUGAAUGUGAAGAAGCUUUGUAUAUUUGAAAGUCCUACUGGUACAGGUAAGAGUUUGAGCUUAAUUUGUGGCGCGUUUAAUUGGUUUAAAGAUAACUAAGAAAACUACGAUUUGAUUAAAGGUUUCAAAGAAAGGAGAGACAAAAUUUUAUUAGGAGAAGUCAAUAUAGAUAGUAAAAAAGAAGAAUCAAAUAGCUUGCCUGCAUGGCUAACGAAUAUAAAUGAUAUUAAUAGAAGUAUUUUUUACGAAAAAAUUUAAAUAUAAAAAAAUAAAUUAGCUUAAAAAGCAAAAUCUCUUAAGGAAUUUUAGAUGUUCAGAAAAGAAAAAAUGAAAAUAAGAUAUGAAGAGUACAAAAAAAAUAUUAUCAAAUAAUAAAAGAACAAUGAAUAAGAUAAAAAAGAGCAUUAAGAUGAAGAUGAGUAAUACUAUGUGAACUGGAAAGAAGAAUAGGGAGGUGAUGCAGAAAUAGAUAUUGAAUCCAUGAUCGAAGAUUACAAGAAAUCUAAAAGUCAAAUUAGAUAAAACAAUGAAUAAGAUGAAAAUGAUAAUGAAAACACUACUAUAAAAAUAAUUUAUGCUAGUAGAACUCAUAGUUAGAUAAAAUAAUUUGUAUAAGAAAUAUUGAAAACGAAAUUUAAAGAUAUGAGAGUUAUAACUUUAGGAAGUAGAUAAAAUCUUUGCUUGAAAUUUGAUGAAUAAUCUAAACAAUCUUUACAAUAAAUAGAUGAUUAUUGCUAAAAAGCAAUAGGAAUUAAUAAGACUGAUAAGUCAGUUCCUCGUUGUGAGUACUUCACUAAUUUAAAAUUAUUGCAAGAUGAUAUUGAUUAUUUGUUUUUACAUAAUAUUCACACUUUGGAUUAAAUGAGAUCUGAAUCUCUCAACAAUCAAGUGUGUCCUUACUAUUUAUCUAAAAGAAGUGUUAUUGAUGCUGAAGUAAUUUGCGUUCCUUAUGUAACGUUGCUAGAUGAAAACAUGAGAAUAAAUUCUAAUAUUGAUAUAACAAAUUCUAUCAUUUUAUUUGAUGAAUCACACAAUAUUCUAGAAAGUUUAAGUGGGAUUAAUUCUGUAGAAGUUACAUAUAAAAGAAUUUUCUAGGCAUUUGUUUAGCUAUUAACUUAUUAUGAUAAGUUUUGCAGGAGACUUAACCCUAAGAAUGCCUUAUUUAUAUAAAAUAUUAAAAACUUGUGUUUAGACCUGCUUAAAUUCAUCAAAGCAGAAAUAGAUUUAAAUGCUUCAAUCAAAUCUGAGCAAGAUUAUGUUAAAAUUAACAACAUUUAGCUACUUCUCAAGCUCAAUAUGGACAGGAUUGAUUUCUUUUAAAUUAAAAAAUUUACUCAAGAGACUAGAUUAGGUUAAAAAAUACACUUUUUUUCUCAAUCUCCUAAAUAUGUUCCAUCAUAAAUACCGCCUUAGGUUAACAAAAGUCUUAAAGACAUAAAUAUUUAAGAAUUAUUAAAGAAUAGCCCAUAUAUGGUUGUAGAAAAUGUUAUGAAUUUUCUUUGGAAAAUGCAAGAUUCUAUAAGCAAGAGUGAAAAGUAUUCAAUAAUUAUAAAAAAUAUUUCUAAAAUUGAAGAAUCUUCUAUUUAGCUGAUGUGCUUAGAUGUUAUAGAACCUUUGUAUAAAGUUAUUCAGGAAAGUGCUUGUGUAGUUUUAGCUGGAGGAACCAUGGAACCUUUAAGUGAAUUUGAAUUACUAAUCAAUUAAGUUGGAAAGAAUAACUUUAAACACUUCUCAUGUGGUCACAUAAUUGAUGAAGAAAAUUGUUCUGUAUUUUGUGUAAGCACUUUAGUUGAACAGUCUGAUAAACCACUGAUUUUCAAUUACCAAAAUAAAAAAGAUGAUUAAUUAUUUUAAAACUCAAUAGAUAUUAUUCAUUAAUUAGCUCAAACAAUUCCUGACGGUCUAGUUAUUUUUGUAUAAAGCUAUACGUUUCUAGAGAAACUAAAGAGCAUCCUCUUAGAAAACUAAAAUUUACUUUAAUAAAUCUAAUAAUAUAAAAAAAUAUAUAUGGACGAUAAAGAUAAUUCAAACAACACAAUACUCGAAAAAUACUAAAAAGAAAUAAAUAAAGAAAAAGAAAUUGGAAGCAAAAAGAAUGGCGCAAUUUUAAUCUCUGUAAUAGGUGGGAGACUAAGUGAAGGGAUAAAUUUUAGUGAUUAACUUGCAAGGUGCGUUGUAGUAUUUGGAAUGCCCUAUUCAAAUAUUAAAAGUGCCGAAUUAAUAGAAAAAAUGAAUCACUAUGAUUCCAUAUCAAAAAAAAAUAACUUUAGCUUUAGUGGAAAUGAUUAUUAUGAAAAUUUGUGUAUGAAAUCUGUGAACUAAGCAAUUGGCAGGUCUAUAAGACACAAAGAUGAUUAUUCAGUUAUACUCUUAAUUGAUUAGAGAUUUUCUCAAGAAAAAAAUAUCAAUAGAUUAUCAAGUUGGAUUAAAAAAAGAGUAAAGCCAGCUCAUUCUUUUGAAAGUACCAAAAAAAAUAUUAAAAUUUUUUUCGAAAAAAAACAACAACAUAAGAUUUGA